AUGCAGCCGUCGUCAUCGCCACCGCCGCUGCUGGGCGGACCGCGGGGCAGCCGGUUGCAGGUGGUCCCGGUGUCCACAAGGGGGCUCGUCGACCAGAAGCGCCAUUCGAUCCUGUUGUCGCCCGAGCAGCGCGCCCAGAUUGAGGCGGACAGUUCCAAGGUCAAGAUGCAAUCCCUUGCACGGCGCAACUCGUUCAUGGCCAACACACUCCUCAACAAAGUCGCCCCGGUCGCGUCAACGCUUGCGCCCACGACCCUCCGACAGACGAAACGAUCCGUCAAGCGUCGGAAAAAGUCGCAGGAGUACGACAAGCAUUACCGCCGGUCCAAGAUCGGGGAAGGCGCGGCCAAAUUUGAAGAGCACGCCAACGAGUGGGAAAAUUAUCAACUCGGCGGGUUCAUCGGCAUCGUGAACGAGAUGAUCGCGACCAAGAAGAAAGAGAAAAUGCUGUCCACGAAAUGGGUCAUCAUGCCCAACAGCUCGUUUCGGAAACUCUGGGACGUCGUGCUCAUCACGUGCCUCAGCUACGUCGCUGUUUUCUUGCCGAUGCAGCUCUCGUUCUUCUCCAGCCGCAUGAACAUCGACAACAUCCAGCCAUGGCUUGGCGUGUACAUUGUCGACCGAUUCACGGACGCGAUCUUUUUAACGGACAUCGCUAUCAACUUUCGCAGCCCGGAAGUAUCGCGCAAGGGCGAUAUCACGGUCUUUAACGCCAAGCAAGUCGCGCUCAAGUACCUCCACUCGUGGUUCGUCCUCGACCUCGUCUCCAUCAUCCCGUUCGACUACAUCUCGCAGUCGUUUACGUCGACGACGUUGACGGGAGUCCACCUGACGCGGCUGCCGCGCCUCUUGCGCAUGUUCCGCCUCACCAAGAUUCUCAAAGUUGUGAACGCAAGCCGCAUCUUCCAGCGCUACGAGUCGUACAUUUCAAUCAAGUAUGGCUACCUCCGCCUGAUGAAGUUUUCGCUGGCGAUUGUCUUGAUGAUUCACUGGCUGGCAUGCGCCGCGUUCCUCGCGGCUCUGUUUUCGCGGGAGCAAGACGACACGGUCAACACGUGGCUCGAUCAACUCUACCGCAACUCGCUCAUCACGGGGAUCCCCGAGUCGUCGACUGUCGACGAGUACAUUGCAAGCAUCUACUGGGCCACGAUGACCAUCACAACGAUCGGGUACGGUGACAUCACGGCGAUGAACACGGUCGAGCGGGCGAUCUUUAUCCUCCUCAUGCUGAUCGGCGCCGGCAUGUACGCUUACGUGGUCGGGACGAUGUGCCAGUUGGUCGAGGGGCUCAACGUCGACUCGUUGGAUUUUCAGCGGCAGAUGGACCGCGUGAAUGACUUUCUCGAAACCAACGACAUUCCGUUCUCCCUCCGGCUCCGCAUCCGCAAGUACCUCUUGUACAAGCGCGAUGCGCACAUCUCCAACAUUUCCGAGCUCCUGUCGUCCGUGAGCCCGGCAAUCCGGGACGAAGUCGCGCUGUUCAAGUUUGAGAAAAUCCUCGGCUCCGUCGCGCAGUUCCGCGGCGCGCCGCCAGACUUUCUCGCCGCGCUAGCCCUCAAACUCACAAUGAUGGUAUUUGCCCCCAACGAAAUGAUCACCGUGUUUGGGCGCGUCGGGACGUCCAUGUACAUCAUCAAUCGAGGCCGCGUCCAGAUCGAGCGCAUGGCGAGCGACGGUCGCAUCGUGGUCGUGAGCGUACUCGAGGAGGGCAGCUACUUUGGCGAACGCGGGCUCUUGUUCUCGGCGAAGCGGCGCGCGUCCGUGCGGGCGCUGUGCUUUGUCGAAGCGAGCUGCCUCACGCGGCAAGAUCUCGAAAACGUCACAAACGACUUCCCGAACGUCCGACGGGUGAUUCGAAAAAGCAUGGUGAAGGACGUAAUCGCGCGCAGCUUGCAGACUGGCGAGAUGGUCGCCCUCGCACAGGACAAGGACUUUGUGCGGAAGCAGCUCUUGAUUCGAAGCAAGGUCCACAAUCGACGGCCGAGCACACUCGACCCGGCCGACAUGAUUCGCGCGGCCACGGGCAUGCGCCGAUCGAAUGUGUCCUGCUCUAGCGACGGCUCGGCUUCAGAUGGAAUCAACGAAAGAGACGAAGAGCUCGACACAGACGUCGCCCCCACUUCCCCCCGACUUGUGGUGAUUCCGCCAGUCGCGCCAGCCCAAGUCCUCCCCGUGCAACAAGCUGCGGGCAGUAUGACCGGCUCGUUGGUGGCUCCGCCCAUGGCUGACGCGCCGCCGUUGGCAACCGAACGAAAGUUAUCGUCGGCAACGAAGCUGUCCUUGACUCCAACGACGCCACCACCCGUGGUCGAGAUCACCCCCAUCGCGGCAGUGCCUCCACCCGCUGCCCAAACAGCGUCGCCACCAGGCGCGACGCCACCUCCGAUGCAUGGGCUGCUGCAGGAACGGUCGACGCUGCGUGCGCUGUGGCGCGUGCGCACGAAAAGCUCGAAAAAGUUUGUCAAGUCCACCAAGAAAUUGUUUCGUGUCGAGCCAGGGUGGGCCGACACGAGCGACGGAUUACGCCGCCAAAGUCGCAGUCUGUCGCGUUUGCCGUGGAUGAAGAACGGCCUUCGCCGACAGAGCCGCAGCCUCACGGACCUUGACGUCAUGCGGCUAAAAGGUCCCGCCGUUGGUGGGCCGCACUUUUUGGACAGCCACGACGAAGCCGACUACUCGGCGGACGGCACUGACGACGAGGACGACGUUGGGGACGACGACGCUGUCUUUGCCCUGCUCGCCGACCACCACCACAUGCUCGAUUCCAUAAACGACGCACUCCACGAGUUGAAGGCCACGUCGGACACGGCGCAGCUCACUUUGCAAGUCGUCAUCGCGAAGCUCAACACGAUUGAAGGGCUAGCGAAAGUAGCGCACGAGUUGCCUCCACAAUAA